AUUGACUUUGACGAAACACUACGCAUUGGGAUCCCCCAUGUAUGUAUGCCCUUCUUCUCUAGCUCUGCCCUCUCCUAGCUUUACCAGUUUCCGGCCGUCCAUAGCAACCAAGCAAAUAUCCAACCAACCAACCAACCACACUUUCGUGCUGAUCGAGUGUUCUUUCAGACGCUCGAUCAGCACUGAUCGAACAGAACACUCGAGAGCCAAGAGGAAGAAAGGGGAAUGGAGGGUGCCAUAAUCGGCGCGGUACUGAGUGGCACCCUGCCGAAGCUCUACUCGGCGAUACGAGAAGCAGGCGAGAAGCUGUAUCACCUUAAGGCUGAUGUCGAAUCCAUCCAGUCUGAGCUUGAGUCUAUCAAAGCUGCCAUCCAAGAUUAUCGCACGGGUCGCUAUGAUAAGAGCGAUAAUGCUGUGCGGGGAGUCUGGAUUGCACGUCUGAGGCGCUUGGCGUACGACAUCGAGGACCUCGUAGACCGCCACGGCGCCAAGAAGGUGACCCAUGCGCAGCUUAUCCCCGAGAUUCUGAAGCUCAAGAUAUUAGCAGAGGAGAUAUCCAAGCUGCCUGAACGUUAUAUCAGUCCUGAAUCAAAGCAGAAACCACAAGACGGCGCUUCAUCCUCCACCUCAGGAGCACUGACCUCCCAUGAUCAGGGCAUUCCUGGUCAGGCUGGACACGAGGUCGUGGGCAUGGACAAGGCCCUCCGUGACCUUACGACUCUGCUACAGAAAUCUGAGAGUCCAACGGAGGGGAAGCUCAAGGUGAUCUCCAUCGUUGGCUUUGGUGGCAUAGGUAAGACUCUUCUUGCCGGCCAAGUGUAUAAUCUUGUGCACCAUGAAUACCCUCUGCACGCUUUUGUUAACGCGGGGGGCGUCAAGAAUAUGGUGGAGAUUCUGAAAGAGAUACUCAAACAAUUACCUGAGGCCAGUACCUCCAAACAAGAUGAAUCACAACACAGGAAUGACGUGGAAACACAACUCAAAUUACGCCUUGGGACCAAGAGGUACCUCAUUGUAAUCGAUGAUGUACAUACUGAAGAGCGGGGCUGUGAUAUAAUAUCUGCCUUCCCCGAGAAAAAGGGAGUGGACAGCAGAAUCAUCGUGACAACAACCAUACAGUCAGUAGCGGAAGCUUGCAGCUGUGGUGACGGUCACGUGUACAAGAUGAGACCACUCGAAGAUGAUAAAUCAGAAGAGCUAUUCUUCAAUGUUUCUCGCAAGAGGUCAGCUUCAGAGGCGAUGAAGCAAGGGUCAUCGAAAAUCCGGAAGAAAUGUGACGGUGUACCACUGGCUCUAGUUAGCAUAGCCCAAUUUUGCAAAGGAGAUCUGAAUCAGAAGAAAUGUGAAGACGCCUGGAGGAAACUCUGUACUCCGAAAGAGGAGGACCGCAGUCUAGCGAGAAUGCAGCGUGUGCUGGUCAAUAACUACGAAACUCUAUGUAGCCCUUGUCUCCAGGACUGCUUGCUCUAUCUUUGCAUGUUCCCACAUGGCCAUCCUAUCAGGAGGGCACCUCUGAUAAGGCGAUGGCUGGCUGAAGGACCAGCAAUGGGAUUCAGCAGUGGCAGUGACCCACACGGGAAUUUCGAGACCCUAAUCGACCGAAAUCUCAUUUGGCCCAUCAAUGAGAAUGUGAAGACAUGCAAAACUCCUGGGAUGAUGCUCGAGUACAUCACCGGCAUUUCCAACUCGGAGAAUUUCAUGAAGCUGUCAUGUGGUGAUUGGACUGCACCCCAAGACAUCCGCCGGCUUUCCCUCCAUCCUCUAGAGGACAUGCGGGUUUUGCAACACAAGGACCUAUCCCGUCUCCGGACUCUGGCGGUAUUCAACGAAGGCCAGGAGGGUCCUUUGGACUUUGCCAAAUGCAAGCUGCUGCGAGUGUUGGAUCUGGAGGCAUGCAAUUGUGUGAAUGAAAGCCACCUCGAACAAAUAUGCGAGCUGUUGCAUCUGCUCAAAUAUCUUAGCCUCCGGCUCCCGAAAAGUAUCACCAAGGUCCCAAGUAUCCCAAGUAAUAUAAGCAACCUGAAGUUGUUAGAGACACUCGACCUGGGGAAAGAGACGGUGGUCAUGGUGCCUGUUGAAGUCAUUGAGCUGCCCCACCUAAAACACCUCCUUGGAAAGUUUAAGCUUCUAUAUUACACAUGGGGCAAAAGCUCAAGAAAGGUCCUGGAGGAGAACAGUAUGCUGGAGACGCUAGCAGGAUUUGUCACCCGCCGGGGCCAAGGGUUCCCACCGCUGAUGCGUCAUAUGAGGCGACUGACGAAGGUGAAGAUAUGGUGCGACCCCGAUGCAGAUGCCAGAAUAUUAUUGACUCCUCUUUCAGAAGCCAUCAAUGAAUUCCUUCUUAAACAACAAAGCACGCCGGAUGUCCGUUACUCCCUGUCAAUUGACUUCCAGCAACCAUUCCCGGAUUUUCGAUGUGCUCCUGAUCGUCGUGGUAAUCUUUUCUCCCUGAAGCUGCGUGGCCAUGGCAGGCUGACACAAAUCCCUGAGUUUGUUACUAGAGUGGGUACUAUUACAGAGCUGUGCCUUUCGUCCACUACUCUGAUUUUCGGAGAUGAUGUUCUAAAACGACUGAGCUAUCUGCGCGUAUUGCAAUAUCUGAAGCUGGAGGCAACAAGUAGCAUCAAAGGUCCUGAGCAACGUAGCAGCGAAGAAGGCCCCGUCGUCAUACGUCCUGAGCAGUUGAAGAGCCUAGAGCGGAUGUGCCUUGUGGCCGAGCAAAACCUGCCCUGGAUAACAAUCCAAGAUGGAGCUCUGAAGUACCUUGUCUCACUUCACCUCAUCUGCCGAGGUCUAGAUGGUCUUUCCGGCGUCAAAAUCACAGACCUCAAGGCACUCAAGGAAGUUGCGCUCCAUUCUGGAGUUGCCAAAGAAACAAAGGAAAAUUGGGAAGAAGCUGCAGAGAGGCAUCCUAAUAGGCCCCGCGUUCUGUUCAUCGAAGGACCCUAAUGCAGGGAUCGAGAUCCUCUGCCGUGCGCGGAAGAAACAUAUCUACAAAAGGUACGGCGGGGAUCCAGGUCCUUGGAGCAGCAUCCCGUUCCCGGGCGUAUGCAGUGCAAUCAACUGUCGCUACGGUUGCUUGGAACGUCAGGGAAAAUACCUGGUGUCACUGCUUCGAUCUGCUGUUCCAUCCUUGCUGCUGCAAGAUUGAUUUGUCUCCUUUCACGUCAGUGACGGACCCAGGAUUUGACGAUUGGGUAUUCAGUAUUAAAAAAAAUGUUCAAUCCAAAAUACGAGAAGUCUAUAGUAGCGUAAAUUUUAAAAUAUAAAUUGUUCCUAGUAGAGAAGUUUCAACUAAUUAAAAAAAAUUACAAAAUAUUUAAAAAAAAUUACAAUUUAACUUUGUGUUCCUUUAUGGCUUGGAAGCGUUUAAUUAUGUCACUAUCCUUAACUUGCACAAAAAAUUCACGCUCAACUGCUGAUUGCCGAACUAGGCAAUCACAACAUAGAUAUCAUAAGCUCCUGAUGUUUGUUGCUAUGUGGGCUCUUUUCAGUUAGGAAAAAAAAUGCAAAAUCCCUCCUAAAAGUCACUUGGAUUUUAACUUUCCCCUCCAAAAUUUGUUUUGUUGUAAAAAAAACCCCAAAGGUUUGAUUUUGUUGCAAAAACACGCCCAAAAAUUUAAAAAUUUUAAAAAAAUCACAAUAAAUUCUAAAAAAAACUAGAGACAAUUAUAAGACCUUUUGUGAAAUUUGUUUUCAAAAAUAAUAUCCUUUGCAUCAUAUUACAUGGAGAGUAAGUUUGAAAAAAAAGAAAAACGUGCAACUCAUUUAUUAAUUUGAGUUAAAUGCAUAGUUAAUUAUUUACUAAUCCAAAAAUUAUGAAACAAAAUUUUUUAGUCUUCUUACAUGAUCCUCUAUCUUGUAAAAAUACAUGAAAUCUUGAAAUAGUUAUUGUAACGUGCAGGAUUGAGUAAAUGUGUUGCAGAUAGAUUAAUUCAUAACUAAUCCAUAACACCCCCAAAAUUAGUGAAACCACUUUUAUUAGUUUACUGAAACAAUUAUUUGUGUAGGAAAAAUAAUCGUAGACAUGACAAAGUUAAAAUAACAUGAGUUAAUAAAUGAGCUGCACAUUUUUUUUUCAAACUUCCUCUCCAUGAAAUAUGAUGCAAAGGAUAUUAUUUUUGAAAAAAAAAUUCACAGAAGGUCUUAGAAUUGUCUCUAGUUUUUUUUAGAAUUUUGUUUUGAGAUUUUUUUAUUUUUUUUGAAUUUUUAGGGGGGGGUUUGCAACAAAAUCAAAUUUUUGGGGAUUUUUUUUGCAACAAAACAACUUUUGGGAGGGAAAAUCAAAAUUCAAGUGACUUUUGGGGUUUUUUUGCGGUUUUCCCUUUCAGUUAAUAGGUCAAGUGAAGGAUGGAUAGUAGCUUGGGCUCACGAUUUGCUGAGUGGUCUGAUGGAUUGAAGCAGCAAAGAUAUAUAUACGUAGUAUAGGUGCUAUAUACUCAAUUUUUUUGCAAAAAAGUUGGGUAUUCAAUUGAAUACCCAUGCAUCAUGGUGGGUCCGCCCAUGUUUCACGUCAACCGGUUAUCUUUUUUUGACCACUUCUUAAAUAUUUUCAGAAUAAACAUUUUAAGAAGUUAUAUCCAAAACUGAAUCUUUUUUGCUACGGCAUCGCAAUUAUCAUGGUAAGAAACUGCUGCCAUGGCAAGGAUUUGGCCAAGUUGCUGUUGGUAAUAUGUUCUAGAGAUAAUUAUAAUGAUAUUAUAUUAUAUCUAUGUUUGUGUACUUUUAAAUAAUAUAGUAUUCUAUUAUAUAGAAAAUUAUCAUUUAUAUUGA